AUGCCGCAGUCUACGCCGGUAGCAUUCCAGUUCGGCACAGCCCACGAGAACUCCUGUAUAUCCUUAGAGCAGCCGCAACGCGAGCAGUGCUGGAAGCCUUUAGUGGCAACACGAUGGCGGCGAGGCCUAGGAAGAGCAGCUGACGCUUUUUCGGACCGUAGAUUAGGAGGAGGCAACUCAGAGGCCGCAGGAGCAACGGAGGUAGUAGGGGAUACUGGGCUAAAGCUGGGCGUGAAGCUGUUGGAGCAACCGAACGGUGUUUGCGAAGUCGAGAACGGUAAAAGUAAGCUUGCGCCCCUGAAGGAGCAACGCGUGAAAAGUCAAGGACCUCACGGAUUGUUUUACAGCGAGAGCAAUAUUGGUAACCGUCAGGAACAGGUUCAAUGA